AUGAGUUGCCUACAAUUGUUGCUUCUAAUCGCCAUCCUUCCAUCGAUCGCGUUCGCCAUCGAAUGCUACUCCGGCUCGCAACUACAAGUCAUAAAUUGUCCGUCUGUCUCAUGCAUCAAACAAACACUCGGUCUCGACACGGUUCGAUAUUGCGAUGGAACCGGCGUGAGCUCAAUCUGCCAAACCUACAGGAUUGUCGAGACCUGCGACACCAUUCCGAACCUCGGCUACAUUUGCUGUUGUAGCGGAGACCUGUGCAACUCGUCAUCGGCAUCUUACAUCAUUUUGAUUCUUCUGAUCCCCGUUCUCCAUUUUUUGUUUUUCUAA